GCUUGCGAGAUCCAGGAGAGUGGCAGUCGUCAGCCUCCAGAGCACCCUCAUGGAGCUGAGCAUUCCCUGGACUACAGAAGGCUACAGAAUCAUCCCUACCCCGCGCACGACACGAACGAGCAGAGAUGGCUGCUUGAUCGCCUUCGACCUCCGCAUAUUCGCUCUUUCAGAACUUAGAGUAUCUCAUACGUGGCUGGACGGCCGACUACACGGUAUUCGCCUUACACGUAAGGGACCCAAAGAAAGAGACCUUUACGUCCUGAACGUCUACGCCCCCUUCAACGAAGUUGGACCCGCGAAGGCCGGCGAAGACCAACGCCAGAAGAGCAUCGUCCACCGAGACCUCCAGGACCGCUUUUGGGACACGUGCAGGUCCGCCCUGAGCCAGUUGCCGCAGCGGGUCGCCCUCGCGAUGACCAUGGAUGCGAAUGCUGCUCUAGCGCCCCAGCUCCCGCACGUUUGCUUUGCGGGCCAGCGCCGCAUGCACGCCAGCUUGAACGGUAACGGUGCCCGCUUGCUAGACCUCCUCCAGACGUUCCACCUGUCUGCCCUCAACACCAUCGGCAAGCGUAAGAGACAGAAUGGAACGUGGAAGCAUGUGAUCGGCAAGGGCUGGACGACCAUCGACUACAUCUGUGUAAGAUUAUGCGGAGCCUAUGGCACCAAGGGCCAGCAGCACGACACGCCCUCCGACUAUUUCAAUGCGCUGGAGCACACGGUGAUCGAGGCUGCGGCCCCGCACUACCUCCUCCAGCCGACGAAGGUGAAUAGGCCGAAGCUGAAGGAUGAGACCUCGGCCCUGAUAGACCUGAAGCACGAGAUCCAGAGGCGCAUGGCUCUCCACGCGGAUCGGACCACCCCCACCUACGGCCGCCUCCAGUCCAGGUUCGACGAGGCAGCCAGAGCCGCAGCCAAAGCAGUUCGAGCCGAGCGCCGCCAGCACCUCGCUGAGACGGCUAGAGAAGCAGAAGCAGCAGAGGCCGCCAUGAACCUCCGCCGCCUGCACGCUGUGGUGCGGCGCCUGGCCCCCAAGCCAGUUGCCCCCGUCGUCACGGUCACCAACCCCGCAACUGGAGGAACCUGCCAGGACGCAGAGGAGGAGGUCGAGGGCAGAGCCCGAGCGUUGAGCACCAUUUUUGAUGGCACAAUCAUCGGCAUGAACAGCCUAGGUGGACCUCCAGGCCUCCUUCCGAGAGGUGGCACGCGCAUUGGCACCUACGACGUCGAUGGCAUAACGAAGGCCAUCCGCAACAUGCCGAACUACAAGAGUGCCCCGGUCUUCAAGAUGCCCGCGAUGAGAGACAUGGAGCACGCCAUCGAUCCCAACAUCGAUCGCCACGCCCUCGGCCACUCUGCCCAGCGCUUCAAGGGCGGCGAAACGGUCUCCCCCAGGAAGCAGAAGGGCGACGGCAAGUGCGCCAAAGCCCACUACAGAACGAUCAACCUGAUCAACCACAUUGGCAAGGUCUACAUGAAUAUUACGGCCAUGCCCGAACUUCGAGGACUGGCGCCUCGUUUAUCGUUUUCGCAGUUCGGGGCCGUGGCGGGUAGGUCUCGGCUUGGUUCUGGCACAACGCCCGGCAUGCUCCUGGCAGUUCUGAUUGACCUCGAGAAGGCGUUUGACCUGAUAGAUCGCGAUGAGAUUUGGACCGCGCUCGAGACGCUCGCCGCCGAACGCAGCGUCGGACUCACAGUCGAGGAGCUCCAUGAAGGCACGUGCUACAUCGCCCGGGACAUCAGGGCCAACGUGCCCACCAGGAAGCUCCUCAUCCCGAAGGGGGUCCGCCAGGGCAGCGUCGAGGGCCCGCUGUUGUUCGUGGCAGUGUACGACCUCCUCACGUCAGCCUUCGAGAGCAGCCACUCAGUUUCGGAGUUUCCUGAAGCAUACGCCACCUUUGACCCUGAGCUGAAAAAGAUUAGGCCUCAGCAUAACCUCGAGGGAGAUGAAGGGGAGGAGAGAAUGGUAGUCUCGCCGAUUAAGUUCGUGGAUGACCUGAUCGCCUUCACCAUCGUCGAAAACUUUGAGACGGCCUCGCGAGUCCUCGCCUUCCUGCACUCCGAAAUCUCUAAGGGUAAGAUGAAAGUAAACGACACUAAGACCGAGAUGCUAAUCGUGGCGACGGGUACCAAGAGCAA